AUGGCCACCGAAACUAUCACCAAGUCCGAAAUGGCCACAACCGCUGCCACCUGGUUCCCCCUUCCAGAGGGCAACCCGACGGUGAGGCGCGUCAAACAUAAUGAGGUAGAUGCCAAGGAAAUCGUCCGGAUCAUUCACGAAGACGGAGCCGUCGUCAUCGAGGGUCUGCUCACGCCCGACCAGGUGGCCCGCUACAACGCCGAGAUCGCGCCCGCUCUGGGGGAGAUGCAUCCUGGCUCCUUCAAGACAUUCCGCGAGGAGAUCAUCGAUAGUGACACCAUCCACGCCGUCUGCGAUGAGCUCUUCCGCAAUACUGGCAACUAUUGGCUCUCAACCUCGCAGGUAAUGUCCAUCGGGCCGGGCAGCCCGCGCCAGCCGCUUCAUCGCGACCAGAACAAUUGGUUUCCGGCUCAGGCGAUGGGCCCCGGAGCGCCCGAGAGUGCCAUCGCCUUCCUGCUGGCCCAGGAUGACACAACCGAAGAGAACGGUGCGACACUUGCUAUUCCCAAAAGCAACCUUUGGCCCUUCAACCUCGAAGAUGGGAAACUCGGCAGCUACGAGCAGUGCUCCAUCGUCGAGCUCAAGGCCGGCGACGCUCUCGCCAUCGGCGGCAAGAUCGUCCACGGCGGCGGUGCCAACCGGACAAAGGACUUCUGGCGGAAGGUAACCACCAUCAUGUUCUGCAAUAGCGCUUUUGCCCAGGAAGAGGCCUUCCAGAUUUUCCUCGACAGGGAGCUGGUCAAGCAGCUGCCGGAGCGGGUCAAGAAGGUGCUGGGAUUCAGGACCCUCUAUCCCAUGAACUCUCCGGGUCUCAACACGUUGAACAAUGACGAAAUUUCGACGUUCCUUGGAUGGUGA